GUCGACCGUUGCUUCACGUCGCCCGUUGCAAAUCGUGAUUGUCAAAUGAAUCAGCUGAACAACACGCGGAGGAGGAGUGUAUGUUUACUGGACGCGUUAUCGAGAGCUGUCAAGGCGCAGAGGCGCGGAUUAGUGAAAAAACGUUUCGGUUAUCACAAGAUACGGCCGAUAAUGACGCUGGACAGGGAUGAAGCUUCCGAUUUGAGUGAAGUAAUCUUGCAAGAAUGCUCGGACGUAGGCAUUCAGACUAAAAUUCAAUUAGAUAAGAAACCAAAGAGGAUGCUACAGUUUUCGGAUGGCUUGAUGGAAGAAUAUUCCUCAGAAGAUGAAGUUGAUAUGCCGAAAAGCAAUAAAACAGUGUCACAGAUAGAUCCUAAAAGUAUGAAGUGGUUACCAUGGGCGUGGUACCAGACCACAUGGUUGAGUUCAAAGAUGUUGGAUGGCUGUGAUUAUGUUGGUGAAUUUCUAGCCAACUUUUUUGGAAUAACGGCACCCAAAUAUCAAUUUGAGAUCAACGAGUUUUAUAGGCUUCAAGCACUUGAGAAAGAGAUGCUUCACAAACGAGAUUUAGAGAUGGGUGGAUGGAGUGAACAAAGGAGAAAUAAUCUUAUAAAUAAUGAUAAUAUAUCAUCAGCUGAACAUAAUUAAUGAAUUUUGCACUGAAAGAUGCAUUUUAUUCUAAAUAAUAUUUGAAUAUUACUUAAAUUUAUUAUGUAAAUUCUCCAUGCCAGAAUACAUUUCAAGUACUCCCUGAUCUGAUAAAAUGAAUAUUCUAAUUGACUAAUUGCAAUAUUAUUGUGCUAAUACUAUACUCAGGAUUCAUUCAUUAUUAUAUAAAUGCAACUAAUAAUGGAGGCUCGAACAAUUCUAAUUGAUAUUUUUCUAUCACUUUUAAAUAAUAGUAAAGUCUGUUUUCAUUAACUAGCAGUGAGAUUUAUAUCUACAUAUAUUUACUAUAAAAUAUGCACAUAUGUGAAAAGUAUGCCGGGAAAAAAUAUAAUCCCAUAAAAUUAUAUAUAAUAUAAUUAUAUGCGAUUUAUAUAUGAAUUUUGAAUGUCUACA